GUGUGAUGACGCAGACGCCUUGGUGUUUACUAUGGCGGCUAUCUGCUAAUUGAAAGAAAAAUGCGGGUUUUGUAGCUGCAAAGACGACAACAGUUUUUCGUUGAAAGUCGGGAGGCAUUGCUUUCAGAAUGAACAAUAGAACAUCUUACUUUUACGACCCAGACGUGGGCAAUUUCCACUACGGUGCUGGCCACCCGAUGAAGCCUCACCGGUUGUCUCUCACUCACAGUCUGGUGUUGCACUAUGGACUUUACAAGAAAAUGAUGGUGUUUAAGCCCUACAAAGCGUCUCAGCAUGACAUGUGUCGCUUCCACUCUGAAGACUACAUUGACUUCCUGCAGAAGGUCAGCCCCAAUAACAUGCAGGGCUUCACAAAGAGUCUCAACGCGUUUAAUGUGGGAGAUGACUGUCCUGUGUUUCCAGGACUGUUUGAGUUCUGCUCAAGAUACACGGGAGCAUCCUUACAAGGGGCUACACAGCUCAACCACAAGAUCUGUGACAUUGCUAUAAACUGGGCCGGAGGUUUGCAUCAUGCCAAAAAGUUUGAGGCCUCUGGGUUUUGCUAUGUCAAUGACAUCGUCAUCAGUAUACUGGAGCUCCUCAAGUACCACCCCAGGGUUCUUUACAUUGACAUAGACAUUCACCAUGGCGAUGGCGUCCAGGAAGCCUUUUACCUCACAGACCGAGUCAUGACCGUGUCCUUUCACAAAUAUGGGAACUACUUUUUCCCGGGGACAGGUGACAUGUACGAGGUCGGGGCAGAGAGCGGCCGGUACUACUGCCUCAAUGUUCCUCUCAGAGACGGCAUCGAUGACCAGAGCUACAGGCAGCUGUUCCAGCCUGUUAUUAAACAGGUGGUGGAUUAUUACCAGCCGACCUGCAUCGUCCUGCAGUGUGGAGCGGACUCGCUGGGCUGUGACAGGCUGGGCUGCUUCAACCUCAGUAUCCGAGGACACGGUGAGUGUGUGGAGUUUGUGAAGAGCUUUAAGAUCCCUCUGCUGGUUCUGGGAGGAGGAGGAUACACAGUGAGGAACGUGGCUCGCUGUUGGACCUAUGAGACGUCUCUGUUGUUGGAUGAAUCCAUCAGUGAUGAGCUGCCUUACAGCGAGUAUUUUGAGUACUUUGCUCCAGACUUCACGUUGCACCCUGAUGUCAGCACCAGGAUAGAAAACCAGAACUCCCGACAGUAUUUGGAGCAAAUCCGUCAGACGGUGUUUGAGAACUUGAAAAUGCUGAACCACGCGCCCAGCGUUCAGAUCCACGACGUCCCGUCCGACAUGCUGAGCUACGAGCGCAACGACGAGCCCGACCCCGAUGAGAGGGGAGCUGAGGAGAACUACACCAGGCCGGAGGCAGCAAACGAGUUCUACGAUGGUGACCACGACAACGACAAAGAGAGCGACGUAGAAAUUUGACGGUAUUUUCAAAUCCCCUGCGGUGAAACAAGGAAAGCAUUUCUGGAAGGACUCGAAAGACUCUGAGAACAGACUCCUGUGCAUUCUGGUCUUUGUAUACACACAGAAACGUGACAUAUAUCAGACGUGCUGCUCUUUUUCUUGUUUGUGCUCCAGAUGUUUUGUUUCUUUCAUUUUUUUUCUGCUCGUGAUCUUCAAGUUAUCUUAAUGAAAUGUUUGGCUUCUGAAAGACUUCUGCUGCACACAGCCUACGAUUUAGAUUCACCAGUCAGCCCGCAGGAGUUGAGAGGAGCUGGUUGGAGGGCAGAGCGCAUUGGGCGCGUUAGGCGAAAAAACUGCAACACCAAGUUAGCACCAGGUGGGAAGGAAAAGGCAUGACAAGAAACAAACGUGGGAGUGCCUGCUCGGUGGCAUUAGUCACACACAGGCCUGCUCAGAUGGUUGCUGAAGUUUUCAAAGACACAAUCUCAAUACUCAUUAUUCAUGUGCCUUACAGCUCUGAGAAGUCCAGCACUAGCACAGAGCAGGGCACUAUUUCAACUCACACUGAUCUGGCAACCUCUGUAUGCAAGGCCACCGAACAGAAGCUGAUCCAAGAACUGCCCAUGCUCCAGUUUCUUCUGGUGCCCAUUGCUGUUCUGUACAAAACUGGGGAUGACUGUGCUGAUGAAGCCUGUAGAUUGUCUGAUCAUGCUUUCGCAGAUGAACAGUUCUGUCUGUGGUCUUGGCAGCCACAGUAGAAACACUUUGCCCUCUUUUAGUCAUAAACAGCUUUUCUGUGAAUUUUGAUAUCGUCUUCAACUUGUUUUUAAUAAACUGACUCACCUGUGUGUGUGUCACAUUA